AACUAGUAGGCGCGGCUAUUCACCAACACGGAAGUGCCUGCAUCACUGUGGCCAUCGCUCUGUCGGACUUCUUGACUACUUUUGUUUGGACUCUAUUUUUCUCUAAACUCUUUACCUUCGUCACCUUCUCCACGCAAUGUUUACACCGAGGAUGUUGUUGCUGCGGUCUCCCGCGUCCUUGACGACCAGACAUCUGUGCAUUGGUGCGAGGAAGGGAAAGGCGCCCGACAUGGCGGAAGGAAAUCCACUCUUGCACGUGUCAAACGUGCGGAACAGGCUGAGAGAAAUCGUGGGUGCCUCCACCAACUGGAGCGACCACCAGCAGGCCAUGGCGGAGCGAGUCUCCCUCUCCUCCAUGUUGGCCAAGUCCCAAAGCGAGCUUCCCGUCAAGCGCAUGAAGGACAGCCUCCUGGAAGUCCACCUGCCUCUGGGCUCCGAGCCGCAGCUCAGAGAGAAGUACCUGACCUUCCACAACAGCGUCAGGUUUGGACGCAUCCUGGAGGAUUUGGACAGUUUAGCAGUGCUCAUCUCCUACUCCCACACUUACAAUCCAGCCCUGAAGAGGUCGCCGUUGUCUAUUGUCACCGCCCUGGUGGACAAAAUAGACAUGAGGCAGCAGGGCAUCUAUCCCGACUGCGACAUCAAGUUCACCGGUCAUGUGACGUGGGUGGGAAACACCUCCAUCGAAGCCAAGAUGCACGUGGCGCAGUAUCGAGACGGAGCUUAUUCUCCAGUGUUGGAUGCAACUUUUGUCAUGGUGGCUCGAGAUCCAGAGAACAAGAGAGCGGCCUUUGUCAAUCCACUGAAACCGGAGGGUCCCGAAGAAGAGGAACUCUUCCAGCAGGGAGAAGCGAACAAGACCCGCCGCGUGGAGCUGAGCACCGCGUCCCUCCUGAAGGUGGCGCCGACGGCCGAGGAGAGGAAAAUAGUCCACGGCCUUUUCCUCAACACUCUGGACACCAAGACGGUCAGCUUCCGCAGCCGAGUGUUGCCUCCCAGCUCCGUGUGGAUGGAAGACGGCAAGCUGAAAGGCUUGGAGAUCUGCCACCCUCAGGAGAGGAACAUUUUCAACAGGAUCUUUGGAGGUUUCCUCAUGAGGAAGGCCUACGAGCUGGGCUGGGCAAACGCCUCCUCCUUUGGAGGGUGUCGGCCCAGUCUGGUUGCCGUCGACGACAUCCUCUUCCAGAAGCCUGUGGAGAUCGGUUCCUUGCUGCUGCUGUCGUCACAGGUGUGCUACACGGAGGGCAAGCACAUCCAGGUCAGAGUUCACAGCGAGGUCUUCGACCCGCUCACACGGCAGCACAACACCACCAAUGUCUUCCACUUCACCUUCGUGUCGGACCGUGACGUUCCCAGCAUCAUCCCUCAGACGUACGGAGAGUCCAUGUUGUACCUGGACGGGAAGCGCCACUUCAACCAAACAGUGGAAUAGUUACAGAGCACCUUACUCCAUGCACACAAAAGUGUGGUGUUGUUUACUUUGGCUUCAGUGGGAACAUGCUUUACAUUUGCGUUACUGAUUUCCUUUUCUUUUCAUUGUUUGGACACACGUGGUCAGUCUGCCUCUACUUCCUGUAAAUGACACCUGACUGACUGUAUGCACUGCUUUUGAUUUAUAUCAUAUAUAUAUAUAUAUAUUUAUAUUCCUCUUUGACUUUAUGUUACUUUCUUCACUUUGGAGCAACUUUAUGUUUGCCUGUAAGUUGUGUACCAUGCAAAUAAAUGUAAUUUUUAUUCGU